AUGGACGCGAUCAAGAAGAAAAUGCAGGGAAUGAAGCUGGAGAAGGACAACGCGAUGGAUCGCGCCCUGUUGUGUGAACAACAGGCUCGCGAUGCUAAUGCGCGUGCUGAAAAGGCUGAAGAAGAAGCCCGUUCUCUCCAGAAGAAAAUCCAGACAAUCGAAAAUGAUCUCGAUCAAACCCAAGAAGCGUUCAUGCAAGUCAACGCUAAAUUGGAAGAGAAAGAUAAGGCUCUUCAGAAUAAUUUUAUUGAACCAAAUGACAAGUGCCAAAAGUCUGUCACUUUGUCAGUAGUAUCUUUGGACCAUCCUUGUCCUGAUGCCAGCAAGCUUUCAGGACAGUUGGACGAAUCUGAUGAUUUGCUCCAAUUUAGGCCCGCGCAGUGUGGCCGGACCAAAGAUAAAAAUGAGUCUACUGAUAACGAUCUGGGUCGCCGCAGGGUUAAGCUACAAGUUAAGGACAACAGAGAUAGCAAUAAUACAACUAAUCAUAACAGUGACAACAAAAGGAUUGAUUUUGAUUUUGAUGAGCUAAAAGAGUCAAGCAGUCCCGAGCCUGAGCACGCGGUCGCAAGGGCUCGCGGUGACGGUCAUUCUGAUGAUGAAGCGCCCAAUGAAGAAGACCCUGAGUUGGUAGAACUUGCUAAACUUAGAUGUCCCAGUGAGAGGACUGAAGUUACCGCUGAGAGAGAGGCCAGGAGGAGGAAGAGAUGCGCUGAUUAUCCUGGACUUGCUUUUGGGUCCUCGAUUUUCUCCAGUGACACUAUGAUCAAGUUCAGUCUUAUCAGAAAUGAACUUCAAAACAUCAUGGGCAAUCAGCUUAAAAGGGCUGAAUCAGAAGUAGCAGCCCUCAACCGUCGUAUCCAGCUGCUCGAGGAAGAUCUUGAGAGAUCUGAGGAGCGUUUAGCAACCGCAACUGCUAAGCUUGCAGAAGCUUCUCAAGCUGCCGAUGAGAGCGAACGGAUACGCAAGGCUCUCGAAAAUCGUACAAACAUGGAGGAUGACCGAGUUUCUGCUCUGGAACAACAGCUUGCACAGGCCAAGUUAAUCGCCGAAGAGGCGGAUAAGAAGUACGAGGAGGUCGCCCGUAAAUUGGCUAUGGUUGAAGCAGAUCUCGAGCGUGCUGAGGAACGUGCCGAAGCUGGAGAAUCAAAAAUCGUUGAAUUGGAAGAAGAGCUACGUGUUGUCGGUAACAACCUCAAGUCUUUGGAGGUGUCAGAAGAGAAGGCAAACCAACGUGAGGAGGAAUACAAGAACCAAAUAAAGACCCUGACCACUCGUCUAAAGGAGGCUGAAGCGCGUGCUGAGUUCGCCGAGAGAUCGGUUCAAAAGUUACAGAAGGAGGUCGACAGGCUCGAGGACGAGCUGACUAAUGAACGUAGUAAGUACAAAGCUAUCGCUGAAGAGAUGGAUCAAACAUUCGCCGACCUCGCGGGAUAUUAA